AUGCUGAUCGAGUCGCCAGUGUUGCCGAAUAGGCAGCAUUUAAGUGACAUGAGAUGGCACACCCUGCUUUACUAUCAGGAAGAUCGAACUGGUCUGCAGAUGUUACUGGUGGAUAACACUACUGCCAUUUCUGAUAAUGCCAUGGAGCCGGUACUGGGAACUGUCAUUACAAUCGGAGGAGCCCCAGUCUCAGCUCCGUUGGUUCGAGGCGGUUUUCGUGGAUGCCUGGCUGCCCUCCGGAUUAACGACCGCUUGAUCGACGUCAUCGAUGACUGCGAUGUGAAGAAGGACGUUGUUCAGGGCUGUGCUGGACCGCUUGCUCGAUGCUCGCCCGCUGCCUGUUCGAAUCGUGGCCGAUGUAUUCAGCAGUGGAACUCGAUCCGAUGUGACUGCACGUUGACAGCUCACGCUGGAGACCGAUGCCAAGAUCCUGCUACCACCGCCUCAUUCUCGGCUCCCUCUACGAUAUACUUUGAAUAUCCGGUGAACGACCGUCCAUCCACUUCACGAGAUUACAUGCUACUUGCAUUUCGUACAACUCGUCCGAAUGGUGUGCUGUUAUCGAUUGAUUGCGCAGUGGAUCAGGACUAUUUCACAGUAUACAUCGAUGAAGGAUUUUUGCAAGUGAAGUACAACCUGGGGAGUCGAGAACACCACUUUGGACAUUUCGCCCAUAAGCUUAGCGAUGGGAAAAAGCAUACGGUCAGAAUUCAUCGAAAUGAAGCGAAUGUCACGUUGCAAAUCGACGGUCGGCCGGCCAUUCGAUAUCGACCCAAAGGUUCGACUAGUUCAGGAACGGAUGAACUGGUGACACUGAAUAUGCAGUGGAGAGUAUCGCUUGGAGCUGCUCUCAACUCGAGGCAUAUCGAUUCGGGCCCAGGACGGUAUAAAAGCUUGGAAAAGUCAAAUCAGCCGGAAAAACAAUUGGAAAAGAGGGCUUACUCAUCCGGUAAAAAAUCAGCAUUUGCAGGAAACCGAAAAGUGUGCUCGAGUUUUCAGUCGUUCUAA